CCGGAGACCCCUCGCGCCCGGAGCAUGAGCCCGCGCCCCGCCGGAGAGCGGCCGGGGGAGGCGGCCUCGGCGCAGCCCUGAGACGCUGGGCCGGGACGCGGGGCGCCCUGGGCGCGGGGCCCGGCCAGGGGGCGGCGGCUCGGGGGGUUGGAGCCCGCGCUGGCGGCGGCCGCCUCGGCGCAGCGCCAUGGGGAGCCCCCGGGCCGCGCGGCUCCCGCUGCUCCUGCGCCCGGUGAAGCUGCUGCGGAGGCGCUUCCGGCUGCUGCUGGCGCUCGCCGUGGUGUCCGUGGGGCUCUGGACUCUGUAUCUGGAACUGGUGGCGUCGGCCCAGGUCGGCGGGAACCCCUUGAACCGGAGGUACGGCAGCUGGAGAGAACUGGCCAAGGCUCUGGCCAGCAGGAACAUUCCAGCUGUGGAUCCACACCUCCAGUUCUACCAUCCCCAGAGGCUGAGCCUCCAGGACCAUGACAUUGACCAAGGUGGGAGCAGUAACAGCAGCUACUUGAAGUGGAACAAGCCUGUCCCCUGGCUCUCAGAGUUCCGGGGCCAUGCCAACCUGCAUGUGUUUGAGGAUUGGUGCGGCAGCUCCAUCCAGCAGCUGAGGAGGAACCUGCAUUUCCCACUGUACCCCCAUAUUCGCACAACCCUGAGGAAGCUGGCCGUGUCCCCUAAAUGGACCAACUAUGGCCUCCGCAUCUUUGGCUACCUGCACCCCUUUACUGAUGGGAAAAUCCAGUUUGCCAUUGCUGCAGAUGACAACGCGGAGUUCUGGCUGAGCCUCGAUGACCAGGUCUCAGGCCUCCAGCUGCUGGCCAGUGUGGGCAAGACUGGAAGGGAGUGGACCGCCCCGGGAGAGUUUGGGAAAUUUCGGAGCCAAAUUUCCAAGCCAGUGAGCCUGUCAGCCUCCCACAGAUACUACUUCGAGGUGCUGCACAAGCAGAAUGAGGAGGGCACCGACCAUGUGGAAGUUGCGUGGCGACGGAACAACCCCGGAGCCAGGUUCACCAUCAUUGACUCCCUCUCCCUGUCCCUCUUCACAAAUGAGACAUCCCUACAGAUGGAUGAGGUGGGCCACAUCCCACAGACAGCAGCCAGCCACGUGGGCUCCUCCAGCGCGCUUCCCUGGGAUGAGCAGCCGCCCGCUGACAUGCUUCGGCCUGACCCCCGGGACACCCUCUAUCGAGUGCCUCUGAUCCCCAAGUCGCAUCUCCGCCACAUCCUGCCUGACUGUCCCUACAAACCCAGCUACCUGGUGGACGGGCUUCCUCUACAGCGCUACCAGGGACUCCGGUUUGUUCAUCUGUCUUUUGUUUACCCCAAUGACUAUACCCGCCUGAGCCACAUGGAGACCCACAAUAAAUGUUUCUACCAGGAAAACGCCUACUACCAAGACAGGUUCAGCUUUCAGGAGUACAUCAAGAUUGACCAGCCUGAGAAGCAGGGGCCGGAGCAGCCAGCAGGUUCUGAGGAAAACCUAGAAGAGUCCCAGUAUGGGGAAGUGGCAGAGGAGACCCCUGCCUCCAACGACCAGAAUGCCAGGAUGCUCGAGGGAAGACAGACACCUGCCUCCACCCUGGAGCAAGAUGUCACUGACUACCGCCUCCGAAGCCUGCGGAGACUCCUGGCUCGGCCUCGGGAGGGCCUGCUGGCCCCCUUCUCCAAGCGGAACUCCACAGCGUCCUUCCUAGGGAGGACCAGCCACAUUCCGGUGCAGCAGCCAGAGAAGAGGAAGCAAAAACCCAGCCCUGAGCCCAGCCAAGAUUCACCUCAUUCUGACAAGCGGCCUCCUGGGCACCCUGCGAAGAACCUGCCUCAGAUCAGGGGGCCCAGGCCCAGGCCCGCUGGCGACAGCCCCCAGAGGACUCUAGAGCAGUCUCAGUGGCUGAACCAGGUGGAGUCGUACAUCGCAGAGCAGAGACGGGGCGACAGGAUGCGGCCUCAGGCCCCCGGGGGGGGCUGGCAUGGGGAGGAGGAAGUGGUGGCGGCCGCAGGCCAGGAAGGACAAGUAGAGGGAGAGGAAGAGGGGGAAGAAGAGGAAGAGGAAGAGGAUAUGAGUGAGGUGUUCGAGUACGUGCCUAUGUUUGACCCGGUCGUAAACUGGGACCAGACCUUCAGUGCCCAGAAUCUCGACUUCCAAGCCCUGAGGACCGACUGGAUUGACCUGAGCUGUAACACAUCUGGCAACCUGCUGCUUCCAGAGCAGGAAGCUCUUGAGGUCACGCGGGUCUUCUUGAAGAAGCUCAACCAGAGGAGCCGGGGCAGGUACCAGCUACAGCGCAUUGUGAACGUGGAAAAGCGUCAGGACCAGCUGCGUGGGGGUCGCUACCUCUUGGAGCUUGAGCUGUUGGAACAAGGCCAGCGCGUGGUGCGGCUCUCGGAGUAUGUGUCUACGCGAGGCUGGCAGGGCAUCGAUCCAGCUGGUGGGGAGGAGGCCGAGGCCCGGAACCUUCAAGGCCUGGUCUGGGACCCACACAGCCGUCGCAGACAGGUCCUGAAUACCCGGGCCCAAGAACCCAAGCUGUGCUGGCCGCAGGGUUUCUCCUGGAAUCACCGAGCCGUGGUCCACUUCGUCGUGCCUGUGAAGAACCAGGCACGCUGGGUACAGCAAUUCAUCAAAGACAUGGAAAACCUGUUCCAGGUCACCGGCGACCCACACUUCAACAUCGUCAUCACUGACUACAGCAGCGAGGACAUGGAUGUUGAGAUGGCGCUGAAGAGGUCCAAGCUGCGGAGCUACCAGUACGUGAAGCUAAGUGGAAACUUUGAACGCUCAGCUGGACUUCAGGCUGGCAUAGACCUCGUGAAGGACCCGCACAGCAUCAUCUUCCUCUGUGACCUCCACAUCCACUUCCCAGCUGGAGUCAUCGAUGCCAUUCGGAAGCACUGUGUGGAGGGAAAGAUGGCCUUUGCCCCCAUGGUGAUGAGGCUGCACUGUGGGGCCACCCCCCAGUGGCCUGAGGGCUACUGGGAGGUGAAUGGGUUCGGGCUGCUUGGCAUCUACAAGUCUGAUCUGGACAGGAUUGGGGGCAUGAACACCAAGGAGUUCCGAGACCGCUGGGGCGGGGAAGACUGGGAGCUGCUGGACAGGAUCCUCCAAGCGGGCCUGGAAGUGGAGCGUCUCUCCCUCAGGAACUUCUUCCAUCACUUCCAUUCCAAGCGAGGCAUGUGGAGCCGCCGCCAGAUGAAGAUGCUGUAGCCGGAGGGUGUCCGCUGGGCCCAGCACUUCCCGUUCCUGGACUAGCAGCGGCUCCCCAGGGCCCUGCUACUGUUCAGGGAUGGGGAGUGGGGUGACGGCUGGUCCCCAAGAGGCCUCGAAGCUGACAGCCCACUCCACCUGCAGCUGUCCCCUCACAGAGGCAGGUUCCAGGGCUCCUGUCUCUGCCUCCUGGGCCUUCAGAAGGGAGGACUUGGAGAGAGAGGCCAGGAGGAGAGAUCUGGCUGAGUGACACCAUCCUUAUCCGCGAAGGUGCACGCCCACAUCCUCACACCAAGCGCUGACCACCAGACACUCUUCUAGUGGACGUGUUUUAUUGGGGGGCGGGGAUUUUAAAAACAGAAAACCAAAACUGCUGUCCAGAGCAGGGGUGAGGUUGUGCACUGAGGGGCUGUCCCCACGUGCAGGCCUCCCGCCCACUCCUAUGUCCCUUGGGCAUUGUCCCUGGCCGCGGGGCUGGUCCCACGUGGGGCAGUUCUCUGCUCUACCCCAGGCUUGUGCCUUCCAGAGACACACAUCUCCCAGUAGCCACCAAGCAGCUGGCCACUGAUUAGGGCAUUAACUUCCUCCGGAUGGCUCACUUCAGACCAGAAGCAGAGAACGGGCUGUUUCUGGUGCUUGGGCACUGGGAGGUGGGGAGCUGGCGGGCAGGGGGCUUGCCACUCCCUGGCACUGGACAUUCAGGCCUGCAGAACAGGCAGGGUGAUGAAGGCAGGGGAGAGAAGCCCUUUCCCUUCCCGGCGUGCCUGUGGGUAAGGCCUCUGGAGAGGACACGGAGAAGAGGUAAAGAGGAUGUGGACAUACCUGUCAAUUUCCUUAGACGAGAAGCGGGUGGGGGCUGGACAGAAAGGGACGAAAAGGGAAGGGGAAACUGUGAGCCUCACAGUCCAGCUCCGCUGCAGACCUGCCCUCUGCAGGGAGAGCCCUGGCCACCUGGCCUUGAGUGGAAGAAGAGGAAAGGGUAAAUGGGGGUAAAACCCUGGAACAGGGAGCAGGAUAGGAAGGGGGCGGGAUGCGAGGUUUGGGGAGGUGGGGACGUUGCCCUGAGCUACCCCCUGGAAGCAGGGAGAGGAGUGGGGGCAGGAGGAACUGAAGAGUGGGGCAGUUUCAGGGAAAACAACCCUUGGCCUUCUUAGUCGACGCCACCCUUUCUGUCACCUGGUGACCUUGUACUUCUCUUGCACUAAUAACCCCCAGUGCUUUUGUAGCUGGGGGUUUUUCUAUUGCUGCUGCUGCCUCCGCUGCUGCUGUGAAUUCACCCAUGGUGCAUUGGACACUGGAUCUUGAACUCCAGAGUCUGUUUAGGGAGGUGAGCACAGGGCUGGGGGAGGUGCGGUGGGGCCCAGAAGACCAGGCCACUGAGCCCCCGCUCCAGGCUGUGACGGUCCAAACCGCAGCACUGGAGCUGCAGGCUCUGCCUAGCGGGCUCUGCGUUCCCCGAGCGCAUGAGUUUGGCACGUGGGAGAAUGGAGUCCGUGGAGAACCUACUGGGGGUCGGGGAGAAUCCCUGCCUCCCUUUAAGGAAUCAUGAAGGACAAAGACUUUUGAGUUGUAGGUUGUGGCUUAGGAAGGCCAUACCUGCUCCCUGAGCUGUGGCUUUUUCUGGUCCCUGCUGAGGCCGACGGGCCCCUGGAGAAGGAUCGCAGGGCACAGGCUAGGGCUGCAGUUGGCCAGUGGGGCUGCCAGUUUCCUUCUGGGACCACUCUUGUCCUCGGGCAUUGCACUGGAAGGCUGGAACCAGCCCAGACUGCCCGCCUGCUUCACUUCCAAUGGCUAGGAGCCAGCCCAGCCUCCUGCCCUGCCCACCACCCCUGCGCCCUGGGCCAGUGCCUUGCAUUUGAUGUUACCUCCACACCAUCUGCCUUAAGAGGAAGGGCUGGGCAAGGCCCCUACUCCCUAGAGAAAUGUCUUGGGUAGGGGAGGGUGUGGGAUGGUGGGAGGGGAAGCAUUAAAUACAGCAACUUCUUAGAAA